GAAUUUUUUAAGAGCUCUAGAUCUCCAAUUCGAAUUUGACUGUCAAGAUUAAAAUAUUUGAAAAUUUUCUGUAAUGGAGUUAGUUAAUAUAAGUAAGUUAGUUAGGGAGAAAAAUAAAAUGCUGUAAUGUGUUCUCGUCUUUAAAGAUAGAGGAAGGUAGAUUACAAUAAUAGUAAAGAUUAUAUAACUAAUUGAUCGACAAUAUAUUUUUUCAAUCAAUGUGUGAUGAUAACCAAUUGUUUUUUUAUAUAUAAUGAUUUCUUAGUUACUUACUAUACAAACCAUUUUUGUUUAAUCAUGCAAACACACUGUUAAGAACAUACCUACAUUUAAGAACUUUGAUGCCUUUUAAUUUGCUAGCUAUACCGUAUGUACACAUGUACUGUAUGUAUCUUUUUCUCUCUCUAUGUAUAUGCGUGUGCGCAUAUAUAUGGGAGUUUGGUAGUGGUUGCUAGAUCAUUUGUGACUUCUCAAUACAUUUUUCUCUUAUAAAUCUUUUGCUUCUCUUGCAUGUCUUAUAUCAUCUAUCGUAAACCCUAGUAAAGCAUACAAAGAUCGUGUUGGAGUCAAGAAGCUAAACAUUAACUCGACGUUAAGGCGUUUAUAAUCAAGUACGAAUAGCUAUGGAUAAAGAUUAUUCGGCACCGAACUUCUUAGGGGAAUCCUCAGGCGGUAACGACGAUAACAACUCCGGUAUGAUAGACUACAUGUUCAACAGAAACCUUCAACAACAAAAGCAAUCGAUGCCGCAGCAACAUCAACUGUCUCCUUCAGGAUUUGGAGCAACGCCUACUUUUGAUAAAAUGAGUUUUGCAGACGUGAUGCAGUUUGCCGACUUCGGUCCGAAACUGGGGUUGAACCAAACCAGAAACCAAGACGAUCAAGAAACCGGUAUGGACCCGGUUUAUUUCUUGAAGUUCCCAGUGUUGAACGAUAAGAUAGAGGACCAUAACCAAACCCAUCAUCUCAUGUCUCAAGAAGGAGGUGACUGUGAAGGAAACAUAAGCAACGUGUUUCUUGAAGAAAAAGAGAAUCAAGACGAUGGAAACGAUAAUAACUCCAUGCAACUGCGUUUUAUUGGAGGAGAAGACGAAGAAGAUAGAGAGAACAAGAAUGUUACGACAAAGGAGGUGAAGAGCAAGAGGAAGAGAGCUAGAACAAGCAAGACCAGCGAAGAAGUGGAAAGCCAACGAAUGACUCAUAUCGCUGUCGAGAGGAACCGUAGGAAGCAAAUGAACGAGCAUCUUCGUGUCCUCAGGUCCCUCAUGCCUGGAUCAUACGUUCAAAGGGGAGAUCAAGCAUCGAUCAUAGGAGGAGCAAUAGAGUUUGUAAGAGAGCUAGAGCAACUCCUACAAUGUCUAGAAUCACAGAAGCGUCGGAGAAUCCUCGGAGAAACCGGUAACAGGCAAAUUGGGGACAUGGCCACGACAACAACUUCUUCUUCACCCAUAACUUCGGUUGCUAACCCGCUGAUCAUUACUGGAAAUGCAACCGAAUUAGAGGGUGGAGGAGGAGGGCUUCGGGAAGAGACGGCGGAGAACAAGUCAUGUUUGGCUGACGUGGAGGUGAAGCUACUAGGGUUUGACGCCAUGAUCAAGAUACUUUCAAGAAGAAGACCAGGACAACUGAUCAAGACUAUUGCUGCGUUGGAGGAUCUUCAUCUCUCUAUUCUUCACACUAACAUCACUACCAUGGAACAAACCGUCCUCUAUUCCUUCAACGUCAAGGCAAGUUUCACUUGCUCUACAUUAUAA